GCUCCCUCGCCUCCGCACCUCCAGUCUGCUUCAGUUGUCUCGGCGGAUUGUUGGGCUGUGGGAGAGGACGGAUAUCGCGAGUACUGGAGUUUUGGUGAGAGUUUGUGGAAGAUGGCGCCUGUUGUGACAGGGAAGUUCGGGGAGCGCCCUCAACCACAGCGCCUAACAAGAGAAGCGAUGAGGAAUUACCUGAAGGAGCGAGGAGACCAAACCGUCAUGAUCCUGCACGCCAAGGUUGCACAAAAGUCCUACGGCAAUGAGAAGAGGUUUUUUUGCCCGCCUCCCUGUGUGUACCUGAUGGGCAGCGGCUGGAAGAAAAAGAAGGAGCAGAUGGAGAGAGACGGCUGCUCGGAGCAGGAGUCGCAGCCAUGCGCCUUCAUCGGCAUUGGCAACAGCGAGCAAGAGAUGCAGCAGCUAAACCUGGAGGGAAAGAAUUACUGCACAGCCAAAACCUUGUACAUAUCCGACUCUGACAAGAGAAAGCACUUCAUGUUGUCUGUCAAAAUGUUCUACGGCAACAGCGCAGACAUAGGCGUCUUCCUCAGCAAGAGGAUCAAAGUCAUCUCCAAACCCUCCAAAAAGAAGCAGUCGCUCAAGAACGCAGACUUGUGCAUUGCGUCAGGGACCAAAGUGGCGCUCUUCAACCGGCUGCGGUCUCAGACGGUCAGCACACGCUACCUGCAUGUGGAGGGGGGCAACUUCCACGCCAGCUCCCAGCAGUGGGGCGCCUUCUACAUCCAUCUGUUGGAUGACGAGGAGUCAGAAGGAGAAGAGUUCACUGUGAGAGACGGUUACAUCCACUACGGACAGACGGUGAAGCUGGUGUGCUCCGUCACCGGCAUGGCCCUGCCCCGCCUGAUAAUCCGUAAGGUGGACAAGCAGACGGCGCUGCUGGACGCCGAUGACCCUGUGUCCCAGCUGCAUAAGUGUGCCUUCUACCUGAAGGACACAGAGCGCAUGUACCUGUGCCUUUCCCAAGAACGCAUCAUCCAGUUCCAAGCCACUCCGUGCCCAAAGGAACCCAACAAGGAGAUGAUCAACGAUGGCGCCUCCUGGACAAUCAUCAGCACCGACAAAGCUGAGUACACCUUCUACGAGGGCAUGGGCCCUGUGCACUCGCCUGUCACUCCCGUGCCCGUGGUCGAGAGCUUACAGCUCAACGGGGGCGGAGACGUGGCCAUGCUGGAGCUGACGGGUCAGAACUUCACUCCAAAUCUGCGUGUCUGGUUUGGAGAUGUGGAGGCUGAGACCAUGUACAGGUGUGCGGAGAGCAUGCUCUGCGUGGUGCCCGACAUCUCCGCAUUCCGUGAGGGCUGGCGGUGGGUGCGGCAGCCUGUCCAGGUGCCCGUCACGCUGGUGAGGAAUGACGGUAUCAUCUACUCCACCACGCUGACCUUCACCUACACACCGGAGCCCGGGCCGCGGCCACACUGCAGCGCCGCCGGCGCCAUCUUGCGGACCAGCAAUUCCAGCCUGCUCAGCAACAGCCAGGAGGCCAACUCCAGCGUCUACGGGCCCAACAGCACCGCCAGCGCCGGAGUCACAUCUAACGCCGCUGCUGCUGUGGUGUCCUAACACACCAAGGCCACGCCCACAGUAUGCCUUGAGAGCAAAUAUACCAGGAGGUAUAUCGCAACUGGGAAAUAAUGGAACCUGACUCUCUAAACUGCUGCGUGUUAAAGUCAGAUACCGAGAAGUUGAAAGGACAACGGGACAAAUGUCACGGGAGGAGGAACCACGUUAACAAGCUGUCAGAGCUCAUUGACACGCCCCCUCCCUUUGUGGUUACUUUUGGGACCUGCUGAUCCACUUGGGGUGUUUGGGUCGAGGCUCAGAGCACCCAGCACCUUUCUACAGCUGUGAGAGCGGAAACCACCACAACAACAAUACGUCCAGCGCGUAGUCCCGGGACUUUGCGUGUUCUGUCCCGCUGCGUGCUUCCUGAUUCACCCGUUCGCUUGGCGUGGUUUUGCUCUGUGGGAUCCUGAGGCGGGUUUGGAUGUAUUGUUGUUGGAGGGCGUCCGAGGAUCCAGAAGGGGACACUCUCAAAACAUGAGAGUUUUUAUGGACCAAGGAUCUUGUAUAAGCUUUAGUAAAGGUACAUUUUCUCCAUACCUUUUUGUAUUAAACAUAUAGUAAACUUUUGUUACCAAAUAGUUUCUAUUCUUCCUCUGAGCUUGGACUUUCUUUUCCCUUUUGAGGUCCAAAAUCCCAAACUGUAAUGCGAUGGUGAACCUAUUGUUUUUUUAAUACUACUUUGCUUCUUCUGUUUGGGGAAAAAGCUGAAGUCUGGUUUGUUUCUUAACAUUGUUUUUUGGUUUGUUUUUCUAAAUCGGGAAAAACCUCAGAGGGCCUGUUUUUUAUCAUUGGUUUUUAUGAAGUCUUUAAAAAGAAAAGCUUUAAGCAACGCCUCUGCCUUGCCUGCAAUACUCGAUUUGCGCUCUGUCUCCUUUGGAACGUCACACACUUCAGUACAUCUCAUGUGGAGCCAUCGCAACAUUUGCAGAAUACAUCGGGAAAAAAACGUAGACCGCAAAUAAAGAUGGACGAUGUGACCCGCAGUUUCACUUUCAUGUGUAGAAAUGAAGCCAAAAAAACCCGCCGUCGUGCUCAGCUGAUGUCAAAUCAGAUACUAGAAAAAUUAUUUGUUCUGUGACGGCGAUAGCUAGCCAUCAAUCGUAGCUAUCUGCCCGGCGCAACGUUUCAAAGCCAAAUACUGACCCUGGAACAAACAUAUCUGAGAAAAGUUCAGUCAGCACAUAAUGGUGUUUUCCUUCCAUUUCUUAUUGACUUGAAGCUGCCACUAGGGGGUGAUAGAGGUAUUUUGGCUUCACUUUGGAAUCGCUGCUCUAUCGUCCAUCUUUGUGUACAGGCUGUAAAGAGCUUGUCAUUUACGAAACAUUGUAACUAAUGAUUGCUGACUUCAAAGGAUAGCCUUAGUACUGUAUAUUAUUACUGUGUACACCAACCAAUCACAUAUCUCUUUCUACGUGUAUUGAUCACUGUCGUCGUAUGCAAUCGUACGGCGAAACCUGUCGUUUAAACCGCACCGCGAGGCGUCUUCCAGGGUGUGCCGUCGCCUGCUUUUCCUACCGUGCGAACAGACACUUCUCCAAUUAGUCGUGGCCUUACCAAUAUCUUCAAUUCCCAAACGAUACUUCGCUUUUUUUGUUUUUUCUUCGUAGCCACUUUGGGCAAAAAUAAAAAAAAUCAUGAACGCCUCGCUUCUUACCACAGGAGCUUCAGCUGCAACUUUUCAAAGCAAAGCCACAAAGUUUUUAAAAAUUAAAUUAUUGUUUUUAUUGAGCAGUGCACAUGCACGUGCGCUGCACAGUUCUCUUUUGGUACAACUUUAGCAAGCGCUGUAAGCUCCUCUCUGCCGUCUUAGCCUUUUUCUAAGAAAAAAAAAAAAAAAAAGAACCUACAUGUGUCGUGAGGUUCCUGCAGAAGCGAGCGUUUGAUCCGUCGGAGUCGUUGCACUCUCCUGACUUCAUGGCGAGUGAGUCUCCUGUUGGAGCACAAAGGCCUUCUAAACGCGUAUUACUCAAAAUGUGCAUUUAUUAAAAAUAAAAUACAUACAGCAAUAUUGUACAGGUCGUGUUUUUUCAUGUGGUUGUUGUUUUCCCGCCUGAGCACUAGUUCACCAGCCAGCGAGUAUCAUCGCUGCCAUUCAGUAUCGAGUCAAACUCGCUCCUUUUCAAAGUGCGUUCCAGAUACUUACGUUUGAAUCGAUCAAUGCUCAAAAAA